UGAUUGCUUAAAAUUAGGCUAUAAAUAGUCACAAGUACCUGACCAAGGAAAACAUUAAAGGUCAUAUAUACCUAGUACUUUCUUGUUUCUAAGUCGUCGUUCGUUCGUUCGUUCUGCUUCAACUAUCAACCGAAAAAGAUGAAAGAGAAGUUCUCAUGCACGAUUCUGCAGAGUGAAGCCCUCACUCAGUACCUUUUGGAAACGAGUGCGUACCCAAGAGAGCAUGAACAACUCAAGGAAAUCAGGAACGCAACUGUUGAAAAAUACCACCAUAUGAGCGUGAUGAAUGUCCCUGCUGAUGAAGGACAAUUUAUAUCGAUGCUGCUGAAAAUAAUGAAUGCAAAGAAAACAAUUGAAGUUGGGGUUUUUACUGGCUACUCCCUUUUGGCCACUGCCCUUUCUCUACCUAACGAUGGCAAAAUCGUUGCAAUAGACCCAGAUAGAGAAGCGUAUGAGACGGGAUUGCCAUUUAUUAAGAAGGCGGGCGUGGAUCAUAAAAUCCAGUUUAUUGAUUCAGAUGCUAUGACAACUAUUCACAAGUUCCUUGACAAUGGAGAAGAAGGAACAUUUGAUUUUGCAUUCGUGGAUGCUGAUAAAGAAAACUACAUCAAGUACCAUGAGUUGCUGUUGAAAUUGGUCAAACUAGGAGGAAUUAUAGCCUACGAUAACACCCUGUGGGCUGGCACAGUGGCAUUGGUCGAGGAAGACUUAAGUCAAGAAUGGAUUGACCGAAUAGGGGUAAAUCGGGUACAUUUGAAGAAUUUGAACUCCUUUCUCGCAUCUGAUUCCCGUAUUGAGUUGGCUCAUCUUUCCAUUGGUGAUGGACUCUCGCUUUGCAGGCGCAUAAAAUAAAGGAAUAUAGAUUCUCAAAGUGUAUUUUACACCGUAUUCGCAAAAUAAUUUGCUUCUCUUUUAUGAGGUGAAACAUUUUUUUUCCUUUUUUUCUUUUUUGGUUUUUUGUUUUUCUCUCUAUAUGAUUCUAUAUAUGUUAUUACAUUUUCAUCGGCAUUGUUUUUAAUCGGUUUGGGUGAACAUUUGUGUCUAUUAACCCUUUUGAACAAUAUUAAUAUAUUUAUGUGGUGGUUAUUGAUGAUUUA